CGCGAUUGGUCACACGGGCUUUCUUAAUGUCCAAUGGGGGAAGCAGGAGAUUCUUGUUAUUUUGGGCGAGUUUUUGCGCAUUAUUGUGUUCAAAGGUGUCGCAGUACAGUUACAUGUACUGUUUCACAAGUGUCUGAAUUCUUACUUCGGAGUGUGAAAGUACUUUUUGUACUGAUUUGACAGACCAUAUGCUAUGUCUGGACACGGGCACGGGCACGGACAUGGUCAUGGUCACGGGUGUUGUGAAGAUGAUCAUGAACCUGCUGAACGCGGUGUGGAGUAUGGACUGUACCGGUGCAUCGAUAUAGACAAGCUACAGUGUCUCAACGAGAGCCGGGAUGGAGACGGGAAGCUGGUGUUUAAACCCUGGGAUCAGCGCACAGAUAGACUAAAGUUUGUAGAGAGCGACAUGGACGAGGAACUCCUGUUCAAUAUCCCUUUUACUGGAACUGUCAAGCUGAAAGGGAUUAUCCUUUCUGGAGAGGAUGACGAGUCUCACCCAGCUGAAAUAAGGCUAUUCAAGAACAUACCACAAAUGUCAUUUGAUGAUGUAAGAAGAGAGCCAGAGCAAGCAUUUCGUCUUAACAAAGAUCCACUGGCUGAACUUGAGUAUCCAACUAAGAUUGCACGUUUUUCAAAUGUCAACCACUUGUCUAUUCAUAUUUCUCGAAACUUUGGAGCUGAUGCUACUCGUGUCUACUACAUUGGUCUACGGGGAGAAUAUACUGAGGCUCACAGACACGAGGUGACUAUCUGUAACUAUGAGGCAGCAGCAAAUCCAGCAGAUCAUAAAUUGGAAGCAAUUACUCCGCAGACAUAUUUCAUUUCUUGAUGAUUGAUGAAAGCUUGGAUUGUCCGUUUUGAGAGAGCAAAUAGUGGGUGAUAAUGAGAUAUUAAGAUCAUAAAUCUACAUUAUGAGUACAAACAUGUUGGUUAUAAUUCAAAAGGAAUGCUGAUUACUCACGGAGGUUUGUUCAGUUAAAACAUUUUUGUGUGCCAAUAAAUAUUCAAAGAUGAAACAUGUCUUUACUGAAUGAAUCCAAGUGGUAUUUAAACCAUCCUUAAAACAAUUGAUAUGAAAUAAAUGAAAAUAAAUGAUGGAGGUCAUGAA